AUGGAAACAAAGCUAAAUUUUGGCACCACAGCUGACUCGAAGCAAGUUGCCAACUGGAAUGAAAGAGGCACGAUGGCACAUUGUGGUUCAGCUGGAACAUGGAGUGGCAGUAACCUUUCAGGAUCAGAAGGAUCUAAUAACACCUCUCUUUGUCCUACUAUCUACAGGGAUGAACCACUACUUAUACAGCUGCAACUAACAGCAAGCUGCCACAUACGGCACCACGUGGUUUGCAGCGUGGCACGACAUUACCAUGGUGCUCACCCUCUUCAGCAAGCACAAGGCAUACUCCAUGACAUUGGCAUCACAGGGCAGUGUGAUCUUGCCAUUGCCGCCCGUGAAGCCGAACUUCUCCUUGGACAUCUGCAGGAGCUCCGUGAAGACUGUUGUCCCGAGGCACGCCAAGGGCACCUCAAACCGUGUCCUGUCAGCCGUGUACACUGCACAGUGGCCCUUGCUUGCCACGGAAGUGCAGCACUUGUCGACUUCCUUUGCUGCUGCCGUGAGGCGCUUCCUCCCAAGCGCUGCCAUCCUCUACCACUUCUUGGCCAGCUGAGCGAUCCUCUUGGUGCUGAUCAUGGUUACUUCUUUCUUUCUUGGCUGGAAACUGGAGAUGUGGAGAGCUCUGAGUUGAGAUUGUGA